UUCUUUACUCAGAAGACGGCUUGUGCGGUCCGGAGCCGAGCAAGGCAAAGUACGAAACGGAAGUCACCCUCGAAUAAAACACAUUAGCUGGUGAUUCAGACCUAUUGAUACUUGUUCGCAUCCAUCCAAAAAGCUGUUUGUGCUGAUAGUCGCAUCCAAUGUUUUCGAACUCGAAAGUUGAGUUUCCGAUCCCCAUCGGCGGACAAUCCUCUCGGGAUAAUUCUUGGUGCGGUCCUCCGUCACAUAUUGUUUAUGCGGGAAUAUCGGAGCUUGUGACCGAAGGCUCAGAUGGCAAGGUUACACUUGCCAUUCGCAAUGCCACGCAGCUGGUGGACUUCUUCGUGUAUAGGCUGGUAAUUCAUGGUGGCCAUGUACUUUCCUUUGCGUCGAGCGAGUUUAUAUCCCAUCUACGAAGCUAUGGAAAGAAGAAUAGGACGAAGAUAGUCGCCGUGGCCGUACCGCAAACCCUUGUCAACAAAUGGCCAUCACUAUGCUCCCAUCUCUGGAAAGACCUUGAUGCCGUCCCUUUGGUGCUGGAGUGUAAAGACCGUAUUAGGGAGAAAGAUGAGCCCGGCGAGCUCGCUACGUUUCGAGGUUGGGAGAGAAAGGAGUUCGAUGAACAAGCAGAUUCCAUGGCGCGCAAAUGUUUACGGUCAUUUGGUAUUGGGCACGUCCUGCACAAUCAUAUCUGUGCUGACGGGAUGGUUGAGGUUGACAAGGGCUUUCGUGUUCACGUUGGAGAUAAACGGGAUUAUGAGGAGACCGUGCAUCCGGACACAUGGAGUAUUGUCCAGGGCCUUGCAAAUGACCUCAUGGACAGGAAGGUUAAAAUAGCAAUUUUCAGCAUGACAUGUGAAGGAAAGCCUGAUGUGCAUACAAGGCACGCUUUGGUCAGAUUCUCUCAGAAGCUUGGAGUAGACACGAAAUGGUAUGUCCCGAAGCCACGGCCCAGUAUAAUUCAAAUUGUAAGGAAGAUGGAAAAUAUUAUGGAAGGUUUGACUGGACCGGACGAAUACCUUGGGACAGAUGACGAGCUACAGCUCCUGGAGUUCGCCUAUGAAAAUGCGAGGAGAUACUGGCUACGAGAAGAUGGGCCCCUGCGGCCUCGCCCAGAGGGUGGCGCAGACGUGGUGAUAAUUGAUAGCGCACCCCUGUUGACGUUGGCACUCCUAGCGAAGCAGUGCGACCCGGAAAGACCAGUUAUUUUUGAAAAUAGAUUGCACGUUCAGCAACAGAGAUUGCUGGAGGAUCCGACAAGCCCACAGACUCGCGUGUGGGAAUUUGUGAAAACAAGGUUAAAGCAUGUCGAUAUUCUAGUCUCCCAACUGCCUCGUGAACUCACACCUUCCAUCAUGCCGGAUAGGAAUGUCGGGUAUAUACCGGUUACUGUCGACCAAUUCGACGGAUUAAAUAAAAACAUCGCGGCCAAUGACAUCACCUUCUAUGGACGGGAGUUCAACUCCCUAUGCAGGAUAUUGGGAUCCCCUACCACGUCGUACCCUGAAGAGGAAUAUAUUCUCCAUCUCUCACAGUUAAGACCAGGAGACGGGACAAUUCCUCUGCUCGAUGCGUAUGCCACCUUUUGCAAGGGAUAUAUCGGAACGCAACAUGGUGCAGCCCUACCUAAGCUGCUAAUUUGUCACCACGGCCCAUCUAAAAGCCCUGAAAACUCGCUUACCUACGACCGCUUGCUGGCAUAUAUCAACACUAACAUGAAGGACCUCGCAGAUCAAGUCUGUAUUGUGCAGGCCGGUCCUCAGGAUCAGAUGUGGAACACGCUCUUGACGGAGGCCCGUGUUCUCGUUCAAUUGUCUAUGGUCCAUGGAAUACCAGAGGUCCUUCUAUGGGCUCACCAGAAGGGGAAGCCUGUAAUCACUAGCAAAGAAGCAGGAUUAUUUUCAUUCCUAUACAACAUGCCAAACGUUUUCCCAGUUGAUAGUGGGGACAUUAACACCGUCUCGUCACAUUUAUUUCAUCUUUUCACUGACAAAGACCUCUACGCACGGGCUGUUUCAAACGCCCCACAAAGACUACCAGAUGGCCUGACUACAGUUGGCAAUGCAGCCGCUUGGAUGUUUCUGGCCUCGAAGGUAUCGCGCCUGGGUACUUUUGAACCAAAUGGAGAAGAUAUAGAUAGGUUAGCACUCCGGGAGGGGGGGUCGUAUACUUGAAACGUUCUGUGAAUAUUGAUUGUCACUUUGUAUUGUGUGUUCUUUGGUGACUGCCAAAUGGAACUAUCGUAAUGCGAUGGGGAAAUGGCAUUAAAGAAAUUGAGUUGGAGGCCCAACUUUAGCAGUUGCGGCUGCUGACGCUGCCUCUUGAGAUCGAUAGGAGUCCACAUAAUGAGUGUAAUCAUGACUCUGCUGUCUAGCUGUAAGAAUGACGAAUAUCCGUCGGUGCCCAUGAAGUAAGCACGCCUGCCAUUUAAUAACCAAUCGGCCAUAGAUUCAUUAGACCUUCUAGUUAACAACGCCAAUCAGGGGCCAGGCGUGAGCCAAAAGCCAAAUCCUACCUAUUUUGUGACGAGAAGUCAGCCCAUGGUACAGACUCCCUUUGGUUAAGAAAGACUUAGUAUA